AUGAUGCAGUCGGACGAGCUUGCCAAGGUCAAGAAGCUCCUCUCGCAGCGCGACCUGAACAUCGAGAACCUCAAGAAUGCCCUCGACAGGCGCGGGUCCGACCUGAAGGCCGCGGAGGCCGAGAAACACGACGCCCAGCGGCAGCUCGCCUCGGCAACAGCCGCGCUGGACAAGCUGCGCCUGGAGCACGAGAGAACCGCGAAAGAGCUGCGAAGGAGGCAGGAGGCGUCGUCGGACUUCGACAAGAAGCUAACUGCCGCCAAACGGCAGGUGUCCGACCUCCAGCGCGGCAACUUCGACCUCCGCGGGGAGCUCGCGCGCUCCGCGGACCGCCACAGCGCCCUCACGAAGGAGAACGCGCAGCUCCGCGGGCAGCUCGACCGCGCGCACGCCCUGCAGGCGGAGCUCGAAGCCCUACGCGCUGAGCGCAAGACCCGGCAGGCUGAGUGGGACGCGCAGGCCGAGGAGCUGCGCGGGGAGGCCGCGAGGAGCCGCUCCGAGCUCGAGGAGGCGCUCAGGGCCAAGCAAGAGCUCGAGGCGUCCCUGAAGGGUCUGCGCGAGCACGACGCGGGCCUCGCGCGGCAGCUCGGCGCGCUGAGGGCCGCGCAGGAGGGCGGCGGCGCGGACGGCGCGGCGGCGCAGGACGCGGCCGCGAAGCACGACGCCCGCGUCGCCGAGCUCGAGGCCCAGCUGCAGGAGGCCAAGGCGGGCGCGGAGCGCGCCGCGGCGGCCCUCGGCGCGGAGACGCAGCGCAACGAGCGUCUGCAGGCGGACUUGGCGGCGCUGGGCGAGGACGUGUCGCGGCUGGAGGAUGCGAUGGCGCAGUCCGCGGCGGAGGCCGAGGCGGCGCGGUCGACCGCCGCUGCGGACCGCGAGGGCCGCGAGCGCGCCGACGGCAUGGUGGCGAGCUUGCAGGAGAGGCUGCGUGCGGCGGAGGCGGAGGCCGGGGCGGCGUCCGCGGCGAGCGGCGCGGCAGCGGAGGGCCGCGGCGCCGCGGAGGGGAGGCUCGCGGAGCUCGAGCGGAAGCUGAGCGAGGCGGCGGGUGCGCGGGAGGCGGCGGCGGCGGCCGCGACGCGGCUGGAGGUGGCCCUGGAGCAGGCGCGGGCGGACGUGGCGGCGCGCGACGCGGCGAUCCAGCGCUGCACGGCGGACCUGCUGGCGAAGGAGCGCGCGCUAGAGGAGCGCGGCGCGGAGAUGCGGACCAUCGUUGAGCAGUUGGAGCAGCUGGAGGGGCUCGGGGGGCUCCUGGAGGGGGCGCGGCGGGAGGCGGAGGAGGCGCGGGACGCAGCAAAGGCCUCUGCGGAGGCGGCGACGAAGGCGCAGGACGCGGAGCACGCGGCGGAGUCGUCGCUCAAGGACGCGCGCGAGAAGCUCGCGGCGGCGCAGGCCGCGUGCGCGGCCCUCGAGUCCCGCGCGGGGGACCUGCAGUCCGAACUGACCACGGCCACGGAGCGCGCCGACGCCGCCGCCGCGGACGCCGCCGCGACGCAGGCCCGUCUACGUGAAUUAGAGACGGCGCUGGCGGAUACGAAGGCCGCGCACGAGGCUGCGGCGAGCGACCUGAAGGCCACGAGGGAGGCCCUUGAAGCAGCUGGCGCGGAGGCGGCGGGGCAGCGCGAGGCGCUCGCGCAGGCUGCUGCGGGCGAGAAGGACCGCUCGCUUGAGCUGGAGCGCGCGCUCGCGGAGGCGCAGGCGGCGGCGCGGGCCGCGGAGGAGCGCGCUGCCGCGCUCGACGCCAAGGUCGCGGCGCUCACGCAGGACCUCGCCAACGCAGCGUCCCGCGCGGAAACCGCGGAGAACUCUAUCGGGGACGCGGACAGGCGCGUCGGCUCGCUCGAGAGGGCCCUGUCGGAGAAGAUAGAAGAGUUGCAGUUUUCGGUCGCGGCGUCGCACGUGGCCGAGACGGCGCGCGCUGCGGCGAGCGAGGAGGCGGCCGCGGAGGUCGCGAAGGCGCAGGAGGCCGCUGCCGCGGAGGCGGAUCGCGCCGCGGAGCUGCGGGCGGCGCUCGAGGCUGCGCAGGGCGAGGGCGCGGAACGCGCAGCGGCGCUCGAGGCGGCGCGCGGGCAGGUGGAGGAGCUGCGCGGGGAGCUGAAGGCCGCGCAGGAGGCGCGGGGAGAGCUGGAGAGGAAGCUGGCGGGCUUGACGGCCGAGGCGGAGGCGGCGCGGGGGGAGCUGGCGCGGCUCCAGGCCGACGCAGCGGCGGCGGGCGGGGCGCGGGCGCGGAGUGCGGAGCUGGAGAAGGCUGUGCGCGAGAAGGACGAGCAGAUCGCGGGUCUGAACGCGGAGCUGGAGGAGUUCCAGGAGUCGCUGGAGAUCGCGGACAGGGCGGAGGCCGAGGCGAAGGCGGCGACGGCUGCGGCCAACGCGGAGCGCGCUGCUCUCGCCGAGCGGCUGGCAGCGGCCAGCGCUACCGCCGAGGAGCUCCGCGCGUCCCUCGCGGCCGCCGAGGACGCGCGCAGCGCGAUGGAGGCCAAGCUCGCGGAGGUCGAGGCCGAGGUCGCGCAGCUGCGCGCAUCCAUCGCCCAGCUGCAGGCCCGCACGGACCACACCCAAUCUUCGCUCGACCGCGCCACCUCCGCGUCGGCGGAGGCCGUCGCGGACCUUCGCGCGGCCGAGAAGCGGGAGAGCGACCUCGCCGCGAAGCUCGCGGCCGCCGAGGCCGCCCUGCAGACUGCCAAAACCGAAGCCGAGCUUCUGCACGUGCGCGCCGACCAGGCGGGACAGCUCGCGGAGCGCGCGGAGAGCCUCCGGCGCGAGGUCGCGGACAAGGAGAAGGCGCUCGCGGCGGCGCUGCGCGACGCGGCGGCCGAGCGCGCGCGCGCGGAGCAGGCGGCGGAGGGCAGGGACGCGUUGGAGCACGCGGCGACCGAGGCGCGGUGCGAGGCGGCGAAGGCCGCUGCGGAGGUGGAGCAGCUGCGGCACGAGGCGGCGUGCGCGGCGGAGGAGCUCGCGGACGAGCGGGCGGCAGCGGCGGCGGCGGCGCUGGACGCGCAGGCUGCGACGCGGGCGCGGUUGGCGGAGACGGAGGGCGAGGUUGAGGCGCUGCGUGGCCAGCUGGCGGAGGCGCGGGCGGUCGAGGCAGCUGCGCGCGCGGACGUGGAGGGGCUGCGCGCGGCGCUGAGCGCCGCGGAGAGCGCGCGGGCGGAGGCGGUAGGGCAGGCGGAGGGCGCGGCGGCAGAGGCGGCGUCGGCGGCGGAGCGGGCCGCGGAGGUGGAGGCACGCCGGGCCGAGGUUGCCGAGGAGCUCGAGCGCGUGCGGGAGGAGCUGAAGUUGGUCUCGCUGAAGCUCGAGGGCGCGCAGGAGCGCAUCAGCUUCCUGGAGGACGAGGCCGCGGACGCAGGCCCGGCCGUGACGGUGCACCUGACGGUCACCGCAGACCCCGAGGCCGACGCCGCGCUCUCUUCGCUCCGCGAGCAGCUCGCCAACGCGGAGGCCACCAUCUCCGACCUCGCCGGCGCGCUCCGCGCGGAGGCUGAGGCGCAGGACGGCAUGAUCGACGAGAUGUCGUGCCGCGACGAGCUCAUUGCGUUCCUGGCCUCGGAGCUCCAGGACUCGGCGUACGAGUCGCGGCGGCUCGGCGGAGACCUCGACACGUCGCUCGCGGGCGCCGUGGUGCGCGACGCUGUCGCCGGCGCGCUGCGUUCCGACGCGGCGGAGCGCGUGGCGCAGCUGCGCGAGGAGGUGGCGCGUGUGGCGCGCGCACGGGACGAGGCGGCGGCGUCGGAGGCGCGCCGGCACGCGUCGGAGCUGAUGGCGAGCGCGGGCGAGGUCGCGCGGCUGCAGGCGGAGGUUGCCGCGGCUCGGAACGCCGCGGAGGGGAGCGCAGCGGAGGUGGCGGCGCUGACGCAGGCGCUGGCGGAGGCGAGCGCGGGCAGGGAGGACGCGGUGGCUGCGGUGUGGCGCGAGGUCGAGGGGCUGCGCGCGGAGGCCGAGGCGCGCGCCGAGGAGGCCAGGUGUCUCCAGGGGAAGCUUGCAGACGCGCUGGCGAGGAAGGGUGCCGAGGGGACGUCGUCGCCGGAGGCGGCGGGGGACGACGCGCGGCGGUACAUGGAGAUCGCGGACAAGCUGGUGACGGAGAACAAGGACCUCAAGAAGCGCGUGCAGUCCUUGGAAUCUCGACUGAAGUUUGUUCAGACACAGCUCAAGAAGGCAAAGGCCGCUGCGGCGGCGGGGGCGCAGCCGGCGGGGGGCCCGGCCGCCGCGGCUGGUGGGCGACGCAAGGCCGGCGACGCCGGGCUCGCCACGACCGCUGCGGGGCGCGGCGGGGAGCCCACGCCACACGCGCCGUCCCGCAAGGUGCCGCGCCUGCGCUCUCCGUUGCCGGCGGUGGAGCGGUCGUCCGGCAGCGGGGAUGUCGUGACGCCCAAGAGCGAGCAGACGACGCCGCUGGCGCGCGUGCGGUCCCCGCUCGGGGACGCGACGAACUCGGGUGCCCCGGGGGACAAAUUCGCCGAGAAGCAGGUGCAGGAGACCACCCCGGGGGAGUCUGGCGGGUCGGAGUCCGGCGGGGGGCUGUUGUCGUCCGCGCGCAAGUUCGCCGCGUCGUUCUACGGCGCGGUGUCGCCGAUGCUGACCCGGUCGAUGAUGCGGAGGACUGGGGAGGACGGCACCGAUUGA